AGGACAUGACGUCAGUACGUUCUUGAGCCUGCCCGAAAAUGCUCUCCCGUGUAGUUGGAUUUCGAAAGACCGCAGGACUUUGCGAUGAAAUAAUACCUUUUUACCUGUGAGGAAAACCAAAACAAACCGCAUGUUUUAAAACUGAAGUUACUCGCGUUCCCAUUAAGUGGUGAAACGGUGUUUUAGGGGGACUCCGACGGGAAGUUUGAGUGAUCGUUUUUCCCGGAGUGAUGUCGAAUCCUGGGACUCGAAGGAACGGGUCCAGCAUCAAAAUCCGACUGACAGUAUUAUGUGCCAAGAACCUCGCAAAGAAAGACUUCUUUCGCCUGCCGGAUCCAUUUGCCAAGGUUGUGGUGGACGGAUCAGGCCAAUGCCACUCCACAGAUACAGUCAAGAGCACACUGGACCCCAAAUGGAAUCAGCACUAUGACCUCUACAUCGGAAAGACCGACUCCAUCACCAUCAGCAUAUGGAACCACAAGAAGAUCCAUAAACGACAAGGGGCGGGCUUCCUGGGCUGCAUACGACUGCUCUCAAAUGCCAUCAGCAGGCUAAAAGACACGGGGUACCAGCGUCUCGAUCUAUGUAAGCUGAACCCAUCGGACAGUGACGCAGUGCGGGGGCAGAUAGUAGUGAGCUUACAGACGAGAGACCGCAUCGGCAGCGGAGGUCCCGUGGUGGACUGUAGAGGGCUGUUGGAAAAUGAUGGGCCCGUGUUCGAGGGGUGUUUUAGCGAAGAGCCGCUGCCCUACUCGGACCCCACUGGGGCGGCGGGGGGCGGGAACUGUCGACUCGACUCGCCCGGCCAGGAGGGCCGUCUUCAGACGCAGCGAAUCAGAGGGCAGGACUCACGAGGCCAUGGCCACACCCCUCAGAACAGACCUCAUGGGCACCAACCGCCUGACCUGCCGGAGGGAUACGAGCAACGGACGACGGUGCAGGGCCAGGUUUACUUCCUUCACACACAGACGGGCGUCAGCACCUGGCACGACCCUCGGAUACCUCGGGACCUCGCCAGCGUGAGCUGCGAGGAGCUCGGGCCGCUGCCGGUGGGCUGGGAGGUCCGGAGCACGGUGUCGGGCCGGAUCUACUUUGUGGACCACAAUAACCGAACCACGCAGUUCACCGACCCGCGCCUACACACCAUCAUCAGCCAGCAGUCUCAAGCCAAGGAAUCUUCACAAGCCCCCCAGAUGGAUGUGGGGGGCGAGGAAGGGGUAGGUGGAGGAGUCGGCGGAGGAGGCGAAGUAGACGUGGCCGCACGCUACGAGCGGGACUUGGUCCACAAGCUGAAACUGCUCCGCCACGAGCUGUCGUUGCAGCAGCCUCAAGCGGGACACUGUCGGAUAGAGGUUUCCCGGGAGGAGAUCUUUGAGGAGUCGUAUCGGCAGAUAAUGAAGAUGAGGCCCAAAGACCUGAAGAAGCGUCUGAUGGUGAAGUUCAGGGGAGAGGAGGGCCUCGACUAUGGGGGGGUGGCCAGGGAGUGGCUGUACCUGCUGUGUCAUGAAAUGUUGAACCCCUAUUACGGCCUGUUCCAGUACUCCACAGACAAUAUCUACACACUACAGAUCAACCCUGACUCCUCCAUCAACCCUGACCACCUGUCAUAUUUCCACUUUGUGGGCCGUGUGAUGGGCCUAGCAGUUUUUCAUGGCCACUACAUCAACGGGAGCUUCACGCUGCCCUUCUAUAAACAGCUGCUAGGCAAACCCAUCCAGCUCAACGACCUGGAGACCACCGACCCGGAGUUGCACAAGAGCCUCGUCUGGAUAUUAGAGAACGACAUCACUUCAGUCCUCGACCACACGUUCUGCGUGGAGCACAAUGCCUUUGGGAAGUUCUCGCAACACGAACUCAAACCUAAUGGUCGCAAUCUCCCCGUCACAGAGGAGAACAAAAAAGAAUACGUGAGGCUUUAUGUGAACUGGAGGUUUAUGCGUGGAAUUGAAGCCCAGUUUCUGGCUCUACAGAAGGGAUUCAGUGAGCUCAUCCCCCAGCACCUCCUCAAACCCUUUGACCACAAAGAACUUGAGCUGAUCAUUGGAGGGUUGGGGAAGAUAGAUCUUUCCGACUGGAAAACAAACACGCGCCUCAAGCACUGCACGAGUGAAAGCAACGUGGUGCGGUGGUUCUGGCAGGCGGUGGAGGCCUUCAGCGAGGAGAGGAGAGGACGCCUCCUGCAGUUUGUCACCGGCUCCACCAGGGUCCCUUUACAAGGGUUCAAGGCGCUUCAGGGUUCUACAGGUUCUGCAGGACCAAGGCUCUUCACCAUCCACUUGAUAGACGCCAACACAGACAACCUGCCCAAGGCUCACACGUGUUUUAACCGCAUAGACGUCCCUCCCUAUGAAUCUUACGAGAAACUCUACGAGAAAUUGCUGACGGCCGUGGAGGAGACGUGUGGCUUUGCUGUGGAGUGACUGACCCACAACCAACCCAACGUACACACAGUCCCACUUUCGCUUGCACUUGCACACAAACUAGUUGACUUUUUACGUAUAUAUUUAUAUAUAUAUACAGACACACAGACAUCAGCAGAAUAUCAAGUAUACGCGGAGUAUACGGAGCGGUCAAGCAUCACAAGAACACGCGGCAUUCUGCCUACUCUUCUCCGCCAAACUGUUGGGGGUCAAAGGGAGGAAGCGCAGUGGGAGAGGAAAGGAUUAAAAAGAAGACAAAACAGACAGACAAAAUAAUAAAGUAUUUUAAAAAUGUUCCGAUGUUUUGAAGAAGCAUUUUUAUCCUUCAGUUUUAACAAGCUAUGAUGUCAUUCUUCAGAAUGUCUGCCACCCCAGCAAAUGACUCCCAACAUGCUCGAGUGAAAGGACAGAAACGGCCAAUCACAUGCCAGCAUGGGAACAGAGACCUUGAAUUUCGACGUAUGGAGAACAAGGCGGAGACUGAUUGUCUCUCCGUCUGACGAGUUGAUUGAGUAGUAUUCAUGCGUCAUGUUUAACCACUGUUGCGAGCCAGGGAGAGAGAGAGAGAGAGAGUGAGAGAGAGAGAGUGUGUGUGUGUGUGUGUGUGGUUACCCUGUAAACAUGAUCAAUUGAGCCUGCUCUUCUGUUAUGGUAACCUUUUUGUCUCUUCCGUUUAUAUCUGCUACCACUCUGAUCAACUCUGAUAUUUUAUUAUUUAUUACUAAGUGAUUACUGACCAAGCUGCUAUUUGCUCUACAAAGAGCCCACACUAAUCCCUCGAUCAACCCCCUCUAUCAGAGUUAAAGGGUCAAUUCACUUGCAAUUCAAGUAAUCCACGAAGUGGGUUUUAUUGAACUUUGUUACAUUUAUAUUCAUAUCAUUGGGAAGAAAUACUUUUGUCAGUGUGUAAUAACUAUUUUGGUGUUUUAGAUGCCAUUUUUCAUUAAUUUGACGUGAAAGGGAAAGAUCCUACCAGCCCUAUUUUUAAUAUCUAACUCUACUGAUUUUAUGGCGAGGUCACAACCUGAAUAUAUAACUAAAUGAGCCACUUGGAUGGAAAGUCUGCUUCAGGAAUUCUUUUGGUUUUAUGUUUCAUCUGUAAUAAAAGCUCAUAAGCAUUUCCUACAUGUUUCAUCAUCCAUUUCAUCAACUUUUUUUUUGUGACCUUGAUGUCUCUGCCCAUCUCAUUUUCUCCACAAUCCGUGAUGUUAGUAAAAAGUAGUUUUUGUCCUUGAAGACCACCAUGAAUGAACAAAGUAUCUUUGCAGUCAUUGAUCCUCCAAACAAGUGAAUGAAAUCAAAUACCUAAAAGAUGAGCAAGCAAUGUGAAAAAAAGUUUAAAUUUCUUGAAGAUUGAUUAUAAAGACUGUUAAGCAGUAUACAUUUCAAUCUGCAUUUUCUAGGAUCUGAGUUCACUGUGUAAUGGAUGCAAGAGUAUUGUAACUUACUAUGUACUAAACAUUUAUGAAAAAUACAAUGUAAAUAAGAUUAUAUUAAAAGAAAUUAAAUUGAAAA